AUGGAUGGAAUGGUGCAUGUGUGGGUGCUGAUAGGGUUCAUCCAGAUGAUCAGUUUCUCUUGUGUCCAGUGCGCCGAGUUGGCGGUCGUGGUUGUUGAGGUUAUGUUUGGCCGCUUCCCCUCUGGUCCAGACUGCUACACUAUCUCCUACAGAACGGCACACAACCUCACAGUGUGGCUUGAUCCUAUUGGCCGCUCUGAGUGUUCACCUGACUGCAGGCUGCUGCUGCAAUUGGCUGAGGAGCCAGUAGGAAGUGACAUCGCAUGGAACGCUAUAAACAAAAACGCCACACUGGAGACUAAGACCUUUCAUAUUGCUCCUGUCCCCCUCUCCUCUCUCCGUGUCGAGGUGACCACCACCAGUGCUUUGCUGUCCUGCACCCUACAGAACCAACAGACUCUCACUGCCCUCACUCUUCACAACCAUGCACACCAAACACACACACACACUGACCACACACACAACUCCUCGUACGCAGUGAGAGGUCUGCAGCCUGGAGCACACUACAGCAUCACAGCAGAGUUGACCACGCCCUUCACACACCUCAACAUCAGCCUCACCCAGAGACUACACACCACCAUGGAGACAGCUAACUGUGUUAACUCCAUCAUGGGCCUCACUCUCCUCCUGCUCAUCACCUACCUGGGAUACACACACUCACAGGCUGAUGUAUCCGGUAUGAGUUCUCGAACAGCGUUUACAGUCAUGGUGACUGCCAAGUCCUCCUCCAACCUCAGCCCUCCGGUCAGCCGCAUUAUCAACACCAACGAAACCGCCCCCGGCCUGGUGACUAAUCUGACAGCAUUUGCUCAGAACCACACGUUCGUAGUGGUCACGUGGUUCCUGCCACUCCGCAUCAACGGUCUGAUCAACAAGUUUGCGGUCAAAGCCAAACACGCUCGUACCGGUCAGACCGUCCGCAUGCUGGAGCUGGAUGCUGAGGAAAUCAUGACCGUAGCGCUACCACACUGCAACGAUGCAGUAGAAAUCCUGUCUCGUGGGACCGCAAGUCCAUCAGAGGUGACAGCAUCCUCUCCUCCUGUCACCCUGUCAGCCGUCCCACCUGCCGCCACAUGGGCUGUACCAAUAUCCGUAGGGGUGGACCAGCUGCGUCCCUACACAGCAUACGUCUUCGAAGUGUCCGCUUUCACCUCCGACGGAGAGGGACAGGUAGCCUCCACCAUGGUCCGCAUGCCUGAGUCAGCCCCAGAGGACCCUCCCUACAACCUGUCGGUAUGGAAUGUGACGUCUAAGUCAGUCUCUGUCUCCUGGGAUCCGCCAACCAUUGUUACCGGACGCUUCAGCUACGUCACCCAUCUCUACGGCCCCACAGGGUUUAUCUAUGAGAACAGCACAGGGGACCUGAAGUUUGCGUACUCUGGUCUGACUCCCUACACACACUACAGAGUAGAGGUCCGGGCCAAGUCUGCUGGCCUGCUGGGGCCUGAGGCCUUUUCUGCAGUACUGACACAUGCUGAGGCUCCCAGUGCGGUGCAGGCUCUGCAGGCAGUAGCACUAGACUCUGUGUCGGUGGGUGUGAGUUGGAGAAGCCCUGCCCAACCCAAUGGUCUGAUCACACAGUACAGACUCCUGGUUCUGUCUGACAACACACUGCUGCAGGACAUCACUCUCAUCGGAACACAGGUACCACUCUGUGGAUCUGGUUUUACUAUCCUUAACCUAAAUGACACUGAUCUCCAUGGUGAUGGAACGUUAGUGCCAGGUAUCCCUGGUGACUCUCUGCGUCAUAAGAGAUCAGCUGACCUCAGCCUGACCACCUCUCCGCUUGCAUUCACGGUCACCCUGUCCGACCACAUAGUCGUCACUGGCAUGACCAUGACCACAACCAGCCGCACACACAGCGCUUCAACCCCCCCUGACCUUAAUCCUAACCUUGACCACAACAAUUACACUGUCCCCACAGUCACUGAGAGCCCCCGUCUGACCAGUAUGGGCCCUGGGACUGACCAGACCUCUGACUUUCCAGACUCCUCCCCUAUGACCUUUGAUGCUGUAACUUCAGGGACUUCUGUCCUCUCCCUGACCUCUUCAACCCCGGCCACACCCCUCCCCUGGCUCACUGCCAACUCACAUCCCGGCCAGCUCACCUCUGGCCAGCCACGUCUCUCCACCCGUUCUGCACCUGCAGUCACUGGACACCUCCAGACACUCCCCUCCACCAGGGCUGCAGCCUCCAGCACCCCGGGAGGACUGUAUGUGAGAGAGGAGGUGAUAGACAUGAAGUCUGAGGAGCUGUCUUACCUUGUCUCUGGUCUUAGUCCCUUCACUGAAUACACCUUCACCGUUACCGCGGCUACCGCUAUUGGAGAGGGUCCUGCCUCACACGUCUCUGAGAAGACCCGCGAGCAGGUUCCUAGCUCAGUGGUGGCUGUGUCCUAUCAGAACGUUAGCUCCACUUCCAUCCUGGUCAGCUGGACUCCGCCCCUCUACCCCAACGGACGAAUCACACAUUACACCGUUUACGGACUCAACCUGCACAGCAACCAGGCCCUGCAGAGAGUUACAAACAACACCAGCAUACUGCUCACAGGGCUGGAGAAGUAUACAGGUUAUAAGCUGCGAGUGGCUGCAUCUACUGCUGUAGGAGAGAGCUCUCUGUCUGACCGAGACGAUAUCUUCGCUGUCACACCCGAGGAUGAACCUGACUCCCCACCCAUAGGAUUAACAGUGGUAGACACCUCUCCUUCCACCACCACCCUCUCUUGGUCACCCCCGGAGAGAGCCAAUGGAGUGAUCCAACAGUAUGAGGUCCUGUACAAGAACCAAUCAUAUGUGGCAGUGUUGAACAGCUCUGUCCCCAGAGUGACUUUGACAGGGCUGAUGCCAUUCUCUUACUAUAACGUGUCUGUCAGAGCAUACACACGCCUCGGAAACGGGAACCACACCUCAGACACACUCACUAUGCUGUCUGGGGAGGACGUACCGGGAAGUCCUCCCUACGGCCUGUCCUAUGAGUCCGUCAGUCCCAAUGAGGUGAACGUGACCUGGGAACCCCCCCUAGUGCCCAAUGGAGUGAUCACGCACUACAGCCUUGAGCUGCGAAACUCUUCCCACUUCCUCAACCUGACCACACCCAUUAGCCACGUCCAGAUCACUCACCUAAGGAAGUUUGCGCAAUACACUCUGGUGGUGAAGGGACACACACGAAUGGGCCCUGGAAACCACAGCAGUGACCCACUGAACAUCACCACACUGGAGGAUGCCAGGAAGUUGUCAGACUACGAGGUAGAAUUGUCAUGGGAACCGCCGAAAGAGGCCAACUCUGAGAUCCUCUACUACAUAGUCAGAGUCUGGAAUGAGUCAUCUGAGGUGUGGCAGAAUGUAACAGGUACAGCGGUGGUGAUCAGCGUUGACUCAGAAAGCCGCUUCAACGCCUCUGUCUCCAGCUGGACGCGCCUGGGGGACGGGGGAGUCCUCAUAUACAUCAGCUUCAGUAUUAUUGACGCAGUGCCAUUUGACCCACCCCAGAAUGUGUCGUUGGUGAACCUGACCUUUUCUUCAGUGACCGUCCUCUGGCAACCCCCCACUCAGCCAAAUGGCAUCCUCCUUCACUAUACUCUGUACUACUCAGACAAUACCACUGUCACAGAGCAGCGUAUCCCAGUGUCAGAGCUGGACCCUGUCUCUCUGGGGGAGGACCUGUCCUACUGUCUGUCUGGCCUGAGAGGAGGACAGAACUACAGCCUCUGGCUGACCUCCAGCACCAUGCAGGGGGACGGAGGGCCACGGGACCUCCAGCUCACCCUGCCUCUCCUGCCCUGCCAAGCCCAGCAGGGCUCACUGCCCUGGGCUCAGACACCCACACACCGCCCUCUCUCCUCCACCCAUCCAUCCACUUCACCAGCCUCUCAAUCUGCCUUCACUGAGUGUUCUUCUAGUGCUAGGACUGAGUCUGAAGAAUUAUGUAGUUCAGUCAGUGAUACUAAUUCCCCCUCUCUCUCCACAGUGCCCAGUGAUCCGGUCCACAAUCUCAGUGCUCAGAUCUUCAGUUCUACAGCCAUCAUAGUAAGCUGGGACCCCCCUAUGGAACCCAAUGGACGCCCCUUCUACUUGCUCACCCUGCAGGAAGCAGGACACCCCCAACCCCCUAAACCUCUGAACCCCUCUUACCCUAACACCAACCCCCCCGGACCCCCCGCUGUCAACAAUACCAUCACCAAGACAACCAACGAUAACGUCUUCCUGUUUACCAAACUCAGGAAGUACUAUCCCUACGUCUUCACUGUUACCCCGGCAACCAGCGCCGGCCCGGCCCACAACCACACCAGCCUGCUGCACGUGAGGACUGAUGAUGAUAUUCCCAGUUCAGCUCCAGUGCUGGUGUCCUGUAGGAACCUGUCGUCCUCCUCUGUGUCUGUGGUGUGGCAGCGCCCCCUGGAGGCCAAUGGAGAGAUAACAGAGUAUUCCCUCACCAUGUUUGGCCCUGGCGGCUCCAACACCACACACACCCCCAACACCAUCCUCACACUCACACAGCUCCUGCCCUACACAGCCUACAACCUCUCCAUCACUGCAGCCACCCGCAAGGGCUCCGGACCCCCGCUACUACUGAUGCUGCACACAGAUGAAGCAGGUCCGAUGUCUCCUCCCCGGAACCUGUCUCUGUAUAACCACACAGCCUUUUCUGUGUGGCUGACCUGGGAACCCUCUCUGGAACCCAAUGGUGUGGUCACAAACUACGGCUUCAGGAUCUGGGAGAUUAACACAAACACAAUCAGAUAUCAGAACUCUACAGGUCCGUGGACAGAAGGACAGCUGAGUGGGUUCAGGCCUCACAGCUCCUAUGAGAUCAGUGUGCUUAGCUACACCAGAGUGGGUCAUGGAGACCAGUAUAGCACUCCUGUGUCCUUCACAACCAAUGAGUCCGUGUCUGAAGUGGUGGGUAACCUGUCCUGCUCUGGUCUGGGCUGGGACUCUGUGUUUCUACACUGGGAGCCUCCAGCCAACCCCAAUGGACUCAUCCUGUACUACCAGGUCCAGGUGGACAGACACUCAGACUCACAGUCAUACAUACACCAGGCUGACACAAACCAGUAUACGGUCAGCGGGCUGGCACCGGACGCAGAAUUCACACUCACCGUAACAGCUGUCAACUCUGCUGGCCCAGGAGACCAGGUCAACUGUACUGCCUACACACACCCCGAGUCAGUUCCUGGUGUCCCUCGAUUCCUGAGUGUGUCAGAGGCCACGUCCACCAGCGUGACGCUCCAAUGGGCUGCUCCCCUCUCUGCUCUGGGCAUGCUCACUGAGUACCGCAUCACUGUGCAGCUGCUGUCACCUGACUGCCUGUCCAACACACCCCUUUCUGAAGCCACACCCCUCCCAGAGCCGAGCCCUUCCCUGGCUCCAGGCUGCGUGGAUCAGGAGGUGUUGGUGUCAGUGAAUGGUUCUGAAGGUGGUGAGGGCAAUAGGAGCAUCACUCUCCAGUCUCUGGUCAAGUAUCGCCUCUACCGCUUCAGAAUCACAGCCCUUACUAAUGCUGGGCCAGGAGAACACACACCCUGGAGAUACACACACACAUUGGCUGGGAACCCUGAUGCCCCUCCCAGCAACCUCUCAAUGACCAUGUCCUCCAAUGGCCUCCGUAUCGAAUGGCAACUCCCAGAUGUGAUUACCGGCCCCACUUCCUACCUCAUAGACGUAAUCUCUCUGGAUAGCGAGGGGUUAAACCAGUCUGUAGUACGCGGCCCAGAGGAGCUGAGGACCGUAGUUGUGUCAAACCUGACUGCGUUCACUCGCUACUCUGUGACCGUGACCGCCUUCACUGGACGACUGGAGAACGCACGGCGGGACGGACAAGCCACUGAGCCCACUGUCAUCAGAACAAUGGAGGAGGAGCCCAGGGAUCCUCCUAAGAACGUGACCCUCCAGGUAAUUCCAGAGGAAGUGACCCGUGUGUUUGUGACCUUUGCCCCCCCGGAGGAGCCUAAUGGGAACAUCAGUUCCUAUACGGUGCUGGUCUACCGCCAGGGCCAGCUAGAGAUGACCAUCGACCGCCUCACCGUGGUCCAAAACGAGAACCGCACCCUGACCGCAGUCAUCGACGGGCUGAAGGGAGGCUACAACUAUAGUAUACGGAUUGCAGCGGUAAAUGGAGCAGGUUUAAGCCCCCCCAGCUCAGAGGUUCAGAUCACUACAGGGAUCAAAGCUCCUGCCAAGCCCACCCAGAGACCCCAGGUGAUGUUGGACCGAGGUGGAGUUGCCAUGGUAACCUCCAGAAGCAUCAUUGUUCGCAUGCCAGCCUGUUUCUACAGCAAUGACAAUGGACCAAUCAGCAGCAUCCAGGUCAUCCUGUCCGAAUCUGGGGUGAUGGACAGCAUGAACCUGACCAACUGGAAGACAGCAUUUCUCUCUCGUCCCGCCCCCUACCUGACAGACAAUGGCUUCCCCAACCCAUUCUGCGUGAGGGACCGUAUGAGCAGGGACACACAAACCAGCAGACUCACUUUCUCACUCAUUAGACACAGUAUUGUGAGGGAUAGGGUUCUGGGACAUAGAGACUCAGGGGGGGAGCGCAUAGACCACCAGGAUGAUCACUAUGUCAUCGGAGAGAAGGACAACUGUCUGACUGAAGAGUACAGUAACACACUCUGUAACGGACCCCUCAAACCAAACACUGUCUACGUGUUUAAGUUCCGAGCCACCAACAUCCGGGGCCAGUACACAGACUCUGACUACUCUGAGCAUAUCAGAACAGCAGUGGAUGGGUUGUUGACCAGAGAUGAACAGAUCAUUCUGGGAGUUCUCCUCUCCUUCUUCCUGGCCGUGCUGCUCAUCCUCAUCAUCUUCGCCUCUGUCAGGAUCCGUCAGCGGCAGAAGGAGGGCGGGACCUACUCUCCCCGGGAGGCGGAGAUUAUAGAGACCAAGUUUAAACUGGAUCAACUGAUUGCUGUGGCUGACCUGGAGCUGAAGGAAGAGAAACUACACCGACUUCUCAGCUACAGAAAGUCUCUCAAGCCCGUCAAUAAGAAGUCUUUCCUGCAGCAUGUAGAGGAUCUGUGUGCCAACGAGAACACCAAGUUCCAGGAAGAGUUUGCAGAGUUGCCCAAACUGCUGCAGGAUCUGGCUACUUCAGACGCUGACCUUCCCUGGAACAGAUCCAAGAACCGCUUCACUAACAUCAAACCCUACAACAACAACCGUGUGAAGCUCUUGUCUGAACCUGGCAUGCCUGGAUCUGACUACAUUAACGCUAGCUUCAUCUCAGGUUACCUGUGUCCUAGUGAGUUCAUAGCGACCCAGGGUCCUCUCCCCGGCACUGUGGCUGACUUUUGGAGGAUGAUCUGGGAGACUCGCACACGAACCAUCGCUAUGCUCACACAGUGCUAUGAGAAAGGAAGGAUCCGGUGUCACCAGUACUGGCCAGAGGACAAUAAGCCGGUGACAGUGUUUGGGGACAUCAUCAUCACCAAGCUGACAGAGGACGUUUAUCCUGACUGGACCGUCAGAGCUCUCAAAGUGGAGCGGCAUGGGGACUACAUGGUGGUUCACCACUUCAACUACACCUCCUGGCCAGAGCAUGGUGUACCAGAUUCCAGCACCACACUCAUACAGUUUGUUCGAGCCAUCAGAGCCAACAGGCAUGAGAACACUACUAUAGUGGUGCACUGCAGUGCUGGCGUGGGCAGGACAGGAGUGUUUAUAACGCUGGAUCACCUGAUCCAACACGUCAGUGAUCACGACUUUGUGGACAUCUACGGUCUGGUGGCUGAACUACGCAGUGAGAGGAUGUGUAUGGUGCAGAACCUGGCCCAGUAUAUGUUCCUACACCAGAGUACUCUGGAUCUGCUGAACAGUAAAGGAAACAGCCAGUCCAUCUGGUUCAUCAACUACUCUGCUCUGGAGAAGAUGGACUCACUGGAAGCUAUGGAGGGUGAUGUCGAGCUGGAAUGGGAGGAGACUACGAUGUAAAGGCUGAGAACUUAUCAGUCAACUUCACACCUGAUGAACACACAUCUAUCCCUGGGUCAUGGGGCCAAAUCCUGGACACACUGACUGUUUGUCAGAUGGAUUGCUCCACCAGAGAUAGAGAAAGAGGAGGGAGAGAGAAUUGUGUAGUCCAAACAGAGUAAUGUUUCCUCUAGCUUCUUUGGGAACACAAGUUGCCCUUUUCUGGUAGGAGGAGACCUGCCUGGUUUGUUCCUUGUUCUUCAUGAUGCUCUCUGCGCUUUUAACAGACCUCUGAGACUAUCACAGUGCAGGUGCAUUUAUACGGAGACUUGAUUACACACAGG